UGUUUUUUAUAUUUCAAUUAAUUACAGAAAAAAUGGAGGCAAUGUUUGGAGGAUCAACUGGGUUUGGACCAACCUGUCCUCCUCUCUGGAGGAACGGGCCAGAUUAUCAGACUCAUCAUCAGUUUCCUAACCGACCCCUCAGCAUGAACCCUAGAACUGUUACUCAGUCUCCUGUCACUACUGGAGCAUCAGUCUUUGCUAUGAAGUUUGAUGGUGGUGUUAUUAUUGCCGCAGAUACGCUAGGAUCCUACGGUNACUUCCAGAAACUCUUCAGAAGUUUUUCCCUGUGUGUUAAGGUUAACGAGAAUAUCUGUAUUGGAGCUGCUGGAGAUAUUGCAGAUUUUCAGUUUCUGGAGGAAAUCAUGAAACAGAAACAGAUUGAGGAGGAAUGCAGGGAUGAUGGAUUCUCCUUGAAGCCGAAGGCGCUGUUCAGCUGGUUGACCAGGGUUCUCUACAACAGAAGGUCAAAGUUUGAUCCACUCUGGAACACAUUCGUUGUCGGAGGUAUGCAGGACGGUGAACCCUUCAUGGGCUUCGUUAACCUUCAAGGGACUGCAUUCGAGGAAUCAAUGAUUGCCACAGGGUUAGGAACUGAUCUUGCUCUGCCUGUAAUGCGUAAGGCUGUAGAGGACAAGAAAGGACCUCUUACCGAGGCUGAAGCAACAGCUACCAUCCAGCAGUGCGUGAGACUUUGCUACCUGCGUGACUGCAGAGCUUGGCCUAAAUACCAUAUUGCGGUCAUCUCAAAGGAUGGAGCUAAGGUGACUGGUCCCGUGAUGAUUGACAGUGAUUGGUCAGUAGCCAAGGACAUUGUUGGAUACUGUUAAACCUUUAUCCACAGCUGAUCCUUUAA